AUGGCAGAUGACAAGAAGCCUAGCCAUGGCUAUGGAACGGCCGAAGGGUAUCAUAUCCCAAACGAGGACUUACUCGACCCUAUUCGGGGGGACUUCGUCACCGUUUCUCCGCGAGCUACGCCUCAAUCAUCGUCACCUCAGCGGCACCCGCUCCUACAACGUGUGCAGAUCCGGAACGGCGCUCUUGCCGAAGGAGGAAGACAGUUGAAGGGGCAUACGAGAAAGUUCAGCCUCCCUCGAGUCUCCAACCAGCCUGCUAUAUCUCAUCCUGAGCCCCAAUUCCGGAACUCCGAGCGAGCUAGUCCAUUCGGCGACUUGGGGGGAACCGCCCACGACUCAACUGCCGCCCCCCGAGGUUUGGCUGUAGAGCCCCAUCCACGCCACUAUGCUGCUGAAGAAGUACCCCAAAAGGCCCAGGCCCCUUUCCGAACCCCCGCGUUCGCCUACACUGAAAGGCCGUCCCCCUUGUCGCUGGGAAAUGUUUCCUCUGACAGGCGAACCACUCUCGCCGAAAGAAGGCAUCAAGUCCCACCCCACAGUCUUGGCACAGGCGGUGAAAGAAGCCUCGGAGCGCAUACGCGGUACAACGACGUCGAUGAGUCUCUGGCUGAGGGCACAAGGGCCCAAAGACCCGGUCCUCAGAGGACGGAUUACGUCUAG